UCAUCCACCAUGAGUUGUCAACAGCUGGUAGUUAGUUUUAGUAAAUGAAUUUCAACAUGGUAUCAAAGCAGGACGACCUUGGUUAGGCGAUUUCAGAUCUUCAUCUCUGCAAUUUCUGAUCGAUUCUCUAGUAUAAUCCCCGAUCCAGGUGUUUUCUGUUCAUUUACGCUUCAUCUGCACUUCAUACUUGUUGUUUUCUCGAGUGAUUCAUUGUUUGAUUCACUGAUUGAUCUGAUUGUUUCACUAAUUGAUCUGGUUGUUCUGAUCUGCUGAUUAAUUGUUCUGAAUUUAUAUUUCUUCACAAAAUCUGAUUUCAUCAUGUCUCGAACUACAAAUUCUGCAUAUGAUGCCAAUCAGGAUCCUUCUAGUCCAUUUUACAUCCAUCCUAAUGAUAAUACUUCUACUCAACUUGUUUCUGUCAAGUUUGAUGGUACUAGAUACGCUAAUUGGAAGCGAUCUAUGUUGCUUAGCUUAACUGUAAAGAACAAACUCGGUUUUGUCAAUGGUACAAUAUUGGUACCUGAUGAGAAUGAUGUUGAUUUUUUGGCUUGGGAAUGUUGUAAUUCUCUGGUUGCUACCUGGCUGUUGUACAACCUUGAUGAUAAUAUUGCUCGAAAUGUUCUCUUUAAGAAAACUGCAAAAGAAAUCUGGAUGAAUCUUGGAUCUCGGUUUGACAGUGUGUCUCUCACACAAGUCUAUUCUCUUGAACAAAAACUGGCUGAGAUCACUCAAGGAAAAUUGAGUGUUUCUGAAUUCUAUACUGCUAUUACAACUCUUUGGGAUAAUCUUGAUGAUGCAGAUCCAUUUCUUCAGAAUACUUGUGCUUGUGGUCUCAGUUUGAGAGUCCAACAGAAGACUCAAGAACAUCGUUUGAUGCAAUUUUUAAUGAAGUUGAAUGAUCAAUAUUCAGCAGUGAGGGCAAAUAUUUUGAUGAUGUCUCCACCUCCUACUGUUGAUCAAGCUUAUAGGUUGAUUGCACAAGAAGAGAAUCACAAAGAAAUGACUCUUGCUAAGCCUGAAAGUAUGGCAUUCUAUGCAGAUCAAAGAGGUUCUGGAAACAAUAAGAAUCAGUAUUCUGGAAAUUACUCACAGAAGUUUGGGAACAGCAAUGGCCAGGACAGGAAACCUAAAUCAGGAGCAAAUUAUUACUGUACUAAUUGCAAGGUUCCAGGUCAUAGCAUUGAUAGAUGCUUUAAGAUUCAUGGUUAUCCUGCAGGCUUUAAGCCAAAGGAGAGGAGAAUUGCAGCUGCUGUCACAACUUCUGCUGGAACAGAAGGAUCAAAUUCACUCUCAAAUGAUCAAUAUAACAAGCUGAUAAAUCUGCUUUCUAAACAUGACAUUGCAUCCAACACUGACACAGAUUCCAGCCAAGCUCUUUUGGCAGGGCCAUUUUCAAAGCAAACAGCCAAUUCUUCUUGGUAAGCUCAGAAAUGGUCUCUACACCAUAGACUCACAGUCUCCUAAAGUUUGUUUUGCUGCUACAAAUGAAGCUCAUCUUUGGCAUCUGAGGCUUGGCCAUAUUCCAUAUCAGCAAUUAAAGCAUUUGUCACCAUCCUGUGAUAUAAAGAUUGCUAGAGAUACUACUAUAUGUCAAAUUUGUCCUUUAGCUAGACAAACCAGACUUCCAUUUUCUAGUAGCAAUAUUAAGAGUACUGCUAUUUUACAACUGUUACAUAUUGAUUUGUGGGGACCAUACAAAGUCAAGACACACUAUGGAUGUACACAGUUUAUUACUAUUGUUGAUGACUUCA